AUGGGUGACAGACAACGAAGAGACCAUGUUCCGCAGCUGAUUUCCGACCCUGAGCAGCAAGAAGAAGACGACCGCUCUAGUGGCGCGCAUCCGGACGCUCCGAUCGACGAAGCCAGUCGUCAGGAUCUCGAGCUCGAGGACGACGAAAACAUCCCGACACCUCGCUUUAUGCAGGACGAAGGCACAUGGAAAAGGUGGAAAUGGGUACCGUAUCCCGUCCGGAAGUUCGUGACAGCUGUGGCAAAAUGGGCCGAGGGACCUCUGGCAGCGCGCGAUCACAAGAUUGAACCGCUAUUCCCGAUCGUACAAGAGGCCCCGCUUGUGCUGCUCGACCGAUUUGUACCCAAGAAGACGCACCGGGUGUGGCUGUUCAUGGCUUAUGUUGCCUGCUGGCUCUUGACCUUCGUGUUUGUUAUGCGCCAGGGGCUCAUUUCCAGCGAGAUUGAAGGUUAUGGCUUGCCUAGUGACAUUAGCUGCGGGACAACAUAUUGGAUCCCUGGAAACCAGUGCGGGCUUGAUGGUAGUGACUGCCGGCCCUUUACCAACAGUGGCUUUGCUUUCAAGUGCCCCGCCAAUUGCGCGAGCUACCAGGUCCUCAACCCUCGCGCUGUCGGUACACAAGAGGUCAUCUACCAGCCGUUGAUCGUCGGUGGUCCCCCGGAUCCGAACAAUGAGUUGCAUCCCAUCUAUCGAGGCGAUUCCUUCAUCUGCGGAUCCGCGAUCCAUGCCGGUCUCGUCAACAAUGCCCGAGGUGGUUGCGGGGUUGUCAAUCUUAUCGGCAGGCAGGCCAACUACACGAGUACGACCCGAAAUGGCAUCACAAGCAUUGGGUUUAACUCUUAUUUCCCGCUGUCUUUCACCUUUCAAGAUGGCAUAAGUUGCGACUCUAAAGACGUGAGAUGGUCGCUGCUCGGUGUCACGGUUGCCUACACAGUAGUAUUGUCCCUCUUCACCGACUCCGCGGCCCUGUUCUUCUUCUCCAUGUUCGUCGGACUGUUCUGGCAUGUGGGGAUGGCAUCCGACCCGCCUUCCCACUACUCUACAGCCGGCUUAUUCUCCAAAAUCUUGGGGAGGUUUCUGCCGGCCAUGUUCUGCGCCUGGGUGUUUUACGACAAGAUGGGCGUGCGCCGUACGCUCAAGGGUUUGACCGCCCAAUUCGAGAAGACCAUUCUCUGGCUUGGUGGAUGUUGGGUCGGCGCCUUGACCAACUACACCUUUGACUUCAUCCCAAUCCAGAGACUUAGUGCACACGAUUUGCAACAACAGCCAGGUGCCAAGGCAGCUCUGGCUGUCAUUAUCAUCGUGCUGUUCUUUGUCGUCGUCUCGCAAAUUUGGUUCUUCCGACAGGAAAGGCGUCUGAUCAAGUACCUCAAGCUUUACUUCUUUUUCAUUAUUGGCAUCAUUAUCUGCUUGGUUCUGCCCGAUCUGAGUCUACGCAUACAUCACUACAUCCUCGCCUUGCUGCUCCUACCCGGGACCAGCAUGCAGACACGGCCGUCACUACUUUAUCAAGGUCUCCUCGUCGGUCUGUUCAUCAACGGCAUAGCACGAUGGGGCUUUGACCCCUUCCUGCAGACCUCAACAGCGCUACAGGGCGACGCCCAAAUUAACUCCCCACUCCCGUCGCUCAUUGGCCCCGUUAUAUCCUCCGACAACUCCAGCAUUACGUUCCGAUGGAGCGAUUCGCCAGGGCUAGCGUACGACGGCAUCAGUGCGUUGGUGAACGACGUCGAGAGGUUCAGAUCGUAUUUCGGGGAUGAGGGCGCUGAGGAUAGUUUUGUUUGGCCCAGGAGUACCACGUCGGGAUUGGAUGAGUACUUUAGGUUUGCAUAUUUGGGCGGCAGCGUUGCGUAUGAUUAUACCAAAGCAGGGAUUUGGAAUAGCGAUAACGAGUGGGUCCAGAUGGCGGCGGGGCCUUCGAGGAUCAAGAGUCGGAGUUUGGAUGGGGAAGAGAUGGUUGCUACAUGA